AUGUUGAUAUGUGACCGCAUGAAGUAUUUGCAGAAGGCAUUGUAUCAUUAUGAUGGUACACCAAAAUCGCUAGCCUAUUCCGAUCUCGGACGAAAUGCCCUUGAUAAAGGAAUCCCGACUGUGGAGCUGGCGUAUGAACGGUAUUCGCCAAGAUCGCCAACUGCAAACAAUCCGAUCAUUUUUUUACAUGGUUUGUUUGGUUCAAAGACGAAUAACAGGCAAGUUUCAAGGCAGCUAGUCAAUACUUUGGAUAGAGACGUCUACUGUUUGGAUCUAAGAAAUCAUGGGGAUUCGCCACAUAAUGAAAGACAUGAUUAUCCUUCGCUAGCCGCUGACGUCGAACGAUUUGUAGAAGAUCAUGGUUUAAUUGAUCCUAUACUUAUAGGUCAUUCUAUGGGAGCUAAAACUGCGAUGGCAGUAUGUCUGAGGAGACCUGGAUUGUGUUCCAUGUUAAUCUCCGUUGAUAAUGCACCUGUAGAUUUUACGGCUGGCGGCACGGGAUUCAGCAAGUUUGGAACCUACAUUAAGCAGCUCAAGAAAAUUCAAGACGACCCAUCUUUGAAAAGUCUUAAAGAGUGCGACAAGAUUCUGGCACAGGUGGAGUCAAAUUCAGUCGUGAGACAAUUUCUGCUGACAAACAUAAGAAGAACAGCAGCAGAUCAAUAUACGAGCAGAGUUCCUCUGGACAUUUUGGCAAAAAGUCUUGACAACAUUUCUGGAUGGCCUUUCAAUUACGAGAUAUCUAGAUGGACAAGACCUGCUCUAUUCAUUCGAGGAAGACAAAGCCCCUACAUAGCUGAUGAGUACCUUGCCUCGGUUGGGUUGUUCUUUCCCAACUUUGUUGUAAAAGAUGUUGAUGCGGGCCAUUGGUUGAUCAGCGAAAGACCCAAAGAGUUCGUUUCACUGGUAACAGACUGGAUACAGACUGCGGAAGAUCAAUAA